AUGUGCCAGCUGUGCCUGAACCCCGCGGGCGAGAAGAGCUGCUGCUGCUUCAACUUGUCUUUGGCGCUGCUGCUUGUUGCUGCUUACUACGGCCUUAUAGGGGGCCUUGAUAUCUUCCAGGCGCAGCAAACUGAACCCUUCGCCAAACCCCAAUUCGUGGGUGGGGUUGUAAACGCUUCCAUUGGGGUUUACGUUUCCUUAUGCGCUCUUUUAGGGUUUUUGAAGCUCGGCCUCUUCGCCUACGUCUUCACCUUCGCCGCCUUCCUCCUCACCCUCCUCAACGGCAUUUUCAAGGUCAAACAAACCCUAAACCCUAAACCCUAA